AUGAACGUGCUGCUUUCGCCGCAGCCCCCGACCUUCUUCCCUCACCAACACGAUCCCAACCGACGAUCUCCCACUCGACCAAUGUCUUCUUCAUUUUAUAAUGUCGGCCCUUCAAAUCGAAAGCGAAAAGCUGAUGACGAUGGCGAUGAGAUGUCAGUCUCGCCCAUCAAUUCUCCCGCCGCUCAGCCACGACAACUUGCCCCCCGAUCAUCCAAGAAAAUCCGGACGAACGAACUGGCAGGGCGUCCGCUAACCCUGCCUCGACUUCUUGAGACCCUCGACGCCACGCAACUACGAACCGUCCUUCAGACCAUUUGUGAACGUCAACCGGAGAUCGGAGAGGAGGUUGUCAAGAGCGCACCGAAGCCAACAGUCGAAUGCGCCCUGCAAGUGUUGAAGGAAUACCAGGACAAGCUGCGAGAUGCAUUUCCCUACGGCGAAUCGAGCUCCGACUACACUUACUACCGAGUCAAGCAGCCCCUAUUAGCACUUCUUGACGCUCUUGCAGACUUCACUCCCCAGUACCUCCCACCUAACGAAGCAAGCGCCAACGUCUCUCUCCAAUACCUCGACGGUGCCACCAAAAUAAUUCACAGCUUACCUGAUUGGGAAGGCCAAGCUCAUCGACAUCACAAAGAGAACAGCUAUGAUGAGAUAUCAAGGGCUUGGGCGCUAGUGAUCAAUGAGGCAUCGAAGAAAGGAGCAGGGUUUGUGUUGCAUUCAGGCGGUUGGGAUCAAACCCUCGCCAAGCACAACCAACAGUCGGGCGGCAGGCUUGGAGCUGCGAUCUCUUCCAUGUCGACGAACCUCGGAUGGGUUGGCGGCGGGCCAAAUAGCGGAGCUCCGAACACAUCAGCUAACCAGAACUCCAUUCUGGACCAGUUGGUGGCUGGAAACUAUGGCUCCCCCGUUCGCGUUGGUCCAUGGUAG